CCUCCAGCCCCAGUGCGCGCCGCCGCCGACGCGCUCUCGACGCCAUGGCGGGUCUGGAGCUGCUCUACCACUCGGUGGUCCGGGACCUCGUCUCCCCUCAGGAUGCCCUGGUCUGUUUUGUUCACUGGGAGCUCGUUCGGGCCGGCUACAAGUGCCUCGGGACCGGGGACCAGGGCUCAACUGAUGAGAAGAAGAAGGAGCUGUUACCUGUGGGCUGGAAUGGCAAUCAGGAGCUGUACACAUUGCGUUAUCGUUCCGACAACAAUCAGAAAGAACUUCUACUAAAGGCAAUCUCUGUAGAUGCCAGUCUUAUCAUUAAUGUUAUGAAUUGCCAGUCUGAACAGGUUGUAGAUUUAACAGUGCAUUUAGAUGACUAUAUCAGCUCAGAUCACCUGCAGCAAUAUGACAGAGUUUUCAAAAAGAAAGAUGAGUUACGGCACCUUGUUGAAUCGGUGAUCAUUUCUCCUUUAGAUGGGAUGAAACAGAGGACGGCAGGAGGGUCCCAGAGAGAAAAGAAGUCAGUCCAGCCUGCUCCAAGUGCUCAACCACGCACCGACACCAGCCCACUCUACAUCCCUCCCAGUAUCCCACAGAGGCAAUCUCCCUGGUCUGACCCUAUGGCACCAUUUGCAACAGGAGGGGAUGAUCUCGACCCAUUUAGUGACCGAAGAGGUGGAAUGAUUGUAGAUCCUUUAAGGUCCGGUUUGCCGAGAUCUGGCUUUGACCCAUCAUCGGGAAUACCAGGACAACUUCCUCCGGGAUCAGUGCCCCCUGGAGCCAGGUUUGACCCAUUUGGACCAAUUGGACGUGGCCGUGCUGGCCCUGACCCAGACCACCUUCCUCCUCCAGGAUACGAUGAUUUAUUCAUGUGAUAUUCCACCUCUCCUUUUAUAUGUUUGGUUUCAAGAAACCUCGAGCGUCGAUCACAAUUUGGGGAAUCUGCGGCCUUUGCUACCUUUGAUUAAUUGGAUACUUUACGAACUGCUACCUGCUCUUGUGUGUCUCUCUCUGAAGAACAGCUUCAGCUGAACUGGUGUGGUCGAUAAACUCAACGAGUGAAACUCCUAGGCACAGCCAACUAACACAUGCCUCAAGUACUGACUUGCUACAGUCCACCCAAGCAGUUGUCACUGUGCGAUUUUCUUCUGGAAGGCAGGUGACAUUAAGUGCAUAAGAAUUUGGGUUUUGGUGAUCCUGUUAAACAUAAUAAACUGAUGUACAAUCAAGAA